AUGCCAACUCGAUAUCUCACGCGCGAUAUAUGCCUUCCUGUGCUUCCUAGAGUAUCACAUCCAUCGGGAAAGGAUCUUGAAUCCAAACGAGAAAGUUUAACGCACCUUUACAACGAGAAGGCGCUCAGAUACGGCAUUGUCUUCGACGAGCUCAUCCGGCAAGUGGCGGUGCACUCCAUGGCCCUGGCCACACUUGUGGGGAAGGCCUUCACGGGGCACCACGCUCUGCUCACUCGCCUGAUCAAGGUCCAUGAUGCCCGUGAGGGCCAGCUGCAAAAGCUGCAGGUCGGCACGAACGAACGCUGUUGCAUGCUGCUGAUAUCGGGAAAAAUCACCGAAGGUUACUUCAAUAUUGGAUUUGACUACCAUGUAGCGAAGUAUAUCAUCGAAAUCACUCCAACAGAGCACUAUGAAAUUCACGAGUGGUGA